AUGUCACCGACUAGCAAUAGCCAUGUCACCUCUCCCGGGAAACGGCCUGGCCUGSCCCGCCGCUCUGUCUCAUCCCACGCGAUCAUAUCGACACGCACGUCCCCAGCAACCACUGCGACCGAUGCAACUGAACCCCAGAAAGCUACAGCUGCCGCUGGCCACAAAGCGCGCCCCCAUGUUGUGGGCGGUGGCCAUCGCGCUCACGGACGUAACCCUUCGUUUGGUAAAAACCUGAAUAAGCUGCAGAGGAUGCAUACUACAUCCAACAUACAUCUGUUUACCGAGGGUACAAAUACGAUCGGCACUGGUGCCCGCCAUCAUCAACGUAAGAAAUCUGCCCCCGUUACACCGGUCGAGAGCCCACGAACGUCAGGCUCGUCCCACGUCCGCUGGGAGGGCGAAAAUACAUCUCUGGGCGAACACAAAUCGCACGUCUCGUCGAUGCGAAAGAAUUACUCCACUCCCGCCCUGCACCGCAAUACAUCGGCUAUCCUUCCGAAGAAGGCUCUCGUAACCGAUCGCCCGCAGUCAGCGAAAGGACGCCCGAAGAAAUCAGUGGGAUUCGAAUUAGUCGGCGAUUCCGACUCGGAAGAAGAGUGGGAAGACAGCACCCAGUCACCGGAAAGCACGCGACGUGGCUCUGCUGUGCAAUCAACCAAGGACAGUGCAGAAAGCAGUCAGGUUUUGGUCGAUCAGUUGACUUUCGUGAAGCGUCCAUACCCACAAAUACCACAGUCGAGAAGUCUCCCGGAAUCGACAAUCAGCAAUCUUCCACAAGCGAUCGAGGACUCUGAUGAUGAAAGUGCAACCCACGAGCAAGCGUCUUCUGUAUCUUCGCAUGAGCAGGAGCGGGAGCCAAAACCCGAGCCACGAGCGCACGAACCAGAGGACAUAGCAAAUCGUCUGUUGAGCCAGUCGCGAUUAUCAAAAGCGCCACCGGCAAUGUCAUCAAUUUCCGCCAUGGGUACCGCAACUGGAAUAGAUGCUUCUCGACGAAACGAAUCUAUAACGUCUCUCAGCAACCUUGCUUCUAGCCAUGGCGGCCUGCGACACGCACCUUCUGUGCCAUCAUCGCAAGCUCAGUCUUCCUUACCUCAGUCGUCUUCGAUCGAAGGUGGCGUCUCACGAUUCAUCGUCAACCCUCAAGCUGGAGCGCAUGCAACUUCACGAACGGACUCCGACCCUAACACGCCAUCAUCUUUCCUCCCACAUUACCAUCCUCAAGCGCCUCCUACACCGGAACGCAGCGCCGCAAAGAAAGGCAAAACUACAUCCCCACAAUCUCGCCCUCUUGGUGACGGAAUACCAUCCAGAACACAACAGAAGCUAUGGCUUCAACGAACGGCGGCGUUGACUACGUCUCCUCCUGACUCGAACGGAUCGCCCGCUCUUCCUCCGUCCACGAUCGAUCCCGCUUUCAUAGCUGCUUCACAUACACGGAACGGGCAAUAUGAUAACGGCCGAGGCACCGUAAAUGGAAGCGCCCGCGUUGGGGCAUCGCACGACAGUGAAGCCAAACAUACGCGCAAAGCGUUUGAGAAGAUAGCACUAGAACUGCACGUUGUUCGUCGUUUUCAGAGUCCAACGAAGAAUAGUUUCAUGCGACUAGAGCGAUUGACGAAUACAAGCGGCAGACCAAACACAGCGUCAGAAUCUACGAGCAAUUUUCUAGCUAAGAGUUCAAAAUCCGCACCAUCCUUGACAACAGGCCAAUUCUUGAAUGCUCUACCCAGCAGGCGCGCAAAAGCAGCCGCAGCAUCAUCGGGCGAUAAUGAGAGCAGCGCAGAAUCAGCCGACAAGAGUCGUCAUCGGACAUCGAAACCGGGACGCGUCUAUUUCCAAGAGCAUGACGAUGUGGUCAACAUCAGCGACCCAUUGUCCGAUUCGGCAGAACGAUUAGCAGUGGAAUCUCAACAAGGCGAAUCCUCUUCUGUCAAUGGACCUACGGGUACAGAUAACAAGGCAGUCACCGGUACAGCAGAUCGUGAAGGCUACUUUGCAACUGAACAGGAAAUGCUUCUCCGUCGUAUGUGGGAGAGCAGAGGCGAAGUCGCCAGUCCGGGUUGA